AGUCAAGUCAAAUGAACAUCUAGUGAUUAUUACCAGCUAGCUAAAAUAGGAAACCAAGAAAAAGAUGGGGACAAUCGAGCUGCAGUCAUUGCUCUUCACAAACAUCAACAGCUUAUCUGAAAAUGAUUUCACUCAAUGCCCUGCUGAUGUAUAUGACUGCAAUAACACUGGUGCUACACAUAACAGCAGUCUAUGUGACUCUACUUUGACCACGGAUCCUAACUGUGUCAGCUACCACAUUGGAUAUGGACCAAGCUAUACUGCCAUCAUAUCCAGCGCAUUCUCUUGCCUAGGAUCAAUUCUGAUAGUACUGGCAUAUAUAUUUUUCAAGGAUAUCCGUGGAGGAAUGGCACAGAGAAUAAUCACCGCCCUAGCCAUUGCUGACUUUAUCAGUGCCGCAGGUUACAUCGCUGGCUCCAUUAACUACAUUGUUCACUUCAACGAUAGAGCCACAAGCGACUGCAAUGCUUUCCACACAAUAUGCCGUGUUCAAGCCUUCAUAACAACAUGGUCUUCAAUAUCUUCGUUUGCCUGGACUGCAAUACUGGCCGUGUAUUUCUACCUCGUCCUAGUCUAUCAAAAGCAGCAACCUUUCAGCACUAAAUGUCGACAAAUAUUUUUGCAUCUGUUCUCUUGGGCUACCCCUGGACUGAUUGUUAUUCCUUUCACUUGGUUGAUGUUUCUAGGAUAUGCUCCAUUUGCUGCAUCUAACUGGUGUUUCGUGACUGAUUUCUCUCUGUAUGAUAACGUCAGUGAUGAUUCAAACAGUACUAUGAUUUUGUACAACACUCUGAAAGUUUUGGCUGCUGGAAAAUUGUGGGAGAUUGUCACGUAUAUUCUUGUGAUCAUCAUGUACUCACACGUCAUUGUCAUUUUGGAGAGGAUGAGGCGCAAUCACAACGGUGCUAUGGCUAGACCUGAAAGGGCCAAGGCUGAACGCAAGAUGAUUUACAUUCCUGCCAUCUUUCUGCUUCUGAGGAUAUGGGGAACGGCUGAAUUCUUUCUCAACAUUGGUAUACAGUUAUCAUCUUACCCCAUGAAAGAUGGAUGCAUUCUGAAGAGUUUCCAUACUGCCAAUAUUGUACUGGGGUACCUCCAGGCGAUUGGUGACCCAGGACAAGGCUGGGGUAAUGCACUGCUCUACAUCUUCAUGUCUGACAAUAUCCGCGAGAGAAUGUUGUGCUCUCCCUUCAGGAAAUGUGCUCGGAAGGUUGCUAGGGGACUUCUUGACUACACACAGCUCAGCAAUACAGAGGAAGAAGAAGCUCUAAGAAAUGGACCAAGGAAUGUACCUGAGCAAGAGGUGCCCUCUGUACCUGGAAGAGGCCGCCCUGUCCAACGAUAUUCCUCGCACACGUGCAGCACGAUAUCUAUAACAGCUGCUGAAAUCAGUCAUGCAGGACCUCUUGAUGAAGAGGCCAAACCAGGCCCCUCCCCCGUACCGUGGGGACAACAGUUGCCUAGCGAGACAACCACCACCACCACUACCAUGGCACUCGCUAUACAAACUUGAACAUUAUUUUUGUGUGCAUUUAUAUAGUGUGUGGUGUGUGUGGUGUGUGUGGUGUGGUGCGUGUUGUGUUUUGUAAUAAAAAAGUUCUACAUUCUACAGCCAACA